AUUAUUCCUCAUCAAUCCCAUUGGGUAGAGAUCCCCCUGGUAACUUCUCACGCACUUACCGAGCUGUUUUUGCCGACAACCUCUAUCAUACUAUCAACCAACGCCUGGGAAACCUUUGUGAACUGAUCUUUCUAUAAACCCAAUGAGCACAUUGAUUAAAAAUGGCAUCCCUCAUCCCAAAUUUGGUAGUGGCGAAAUAAUCCAAACGACCUCCCAGCUUAUCUCAGAUUCUGGACAGGACCAUCACAAAGACCCAUUACACAGCUCAGAAGAUAGUCUUGACAGCUGUGAAGACAAAAGUUCCAUUCAGCAAACCAGUGUCAGCAAAAAGAGAACAAAAUUAAAAGUCCGAAGCAUCUCUGAUUCUACUGAUGAAGAGCUUGUACCAUCUUACUUCUCAUAUAAAAGUAUUUUAAAGUAUGGAAACAACAGGCUAAGAAGCCUGUCUGAGUCGUGUGCUGAAAAUUACAGUGGUUCCUCCAACAAUGGUGAAUCAAAUUCAGCCCUUGAUGAUUGGUGUGAAGAGGAGGAACUUGAUGAGGAUGGAGAGGAGAGUGAGAGUCAGAAAGUGAAGAAAACCGUCAGGUUCAGCAAUGUAGUUCACAAGCAACUCUUCAGAUCAACUUCCAGUAUUCUUGGCCAGCGCAAGAAAAAUCAACGCAAGGCUCACAAGAAAGCGAAAAAGCACAGCAACAGUGCUGACCAUCCUCCAAUGAGCUCUAGUACAGAGUCGGAUCACGCAAUUCCAUGCGAUAACGAUGCUGAGAUUAGCAACGCAAUGGAAGCCGCCACUUUAUCCGACAGUGGCAUUGAAGUCGAGGAUUCUGAUCCGGGUAUGGUGCAACAGCAUGUUUCUAAUACUGUGGCUAAAAAGAACAAGAAGAAGAACCGCGUGAAAAUUAAUCGCCGACGUGCGAAUAGUGAAUCCUCUAACAACGAGAUGAUUUUCGACCUUGAUCUCUAACAAGUUAGGAAAGAAAAACCUCUUGAAACUUUCCCUGCAGGGACAGGUACAAUAAUAACCAAGUAGUUGAUAGCAUGUUCUCUUCCUAUUCUGUCUAUAUUCUGUAUCUGUUAGUAGUGCAAGAGAUACGCAAAAUUUCUACAAUUUUUUAAAACUUCAUGCAUAUUAGUUGCGUAUCAAUACAUGGAUUUCAUUUUUCAAA